AUGAGCAGUCGAGGAAGCAGAACGCAUUUGACAAAAGAUACAAUUAUUCACCAGCAUGAUUUAUUGAUGCAAUCUAUACCUCAACAACGAAUCUCGUUGAGAGAAAAAGAAAAUUUGUUACAUCGUUUAGAAGAAAUUUCAAAUGAUAUUGCUAUUAAUCGUAAUCCUAUUAGAGAUAAUCUUGAAGAAUGGCAGAAUCAAUUGACGGCGAUUCAAGAUGAUCUUCAAAAUGCUCUAGUGAAUUACGUACCUCACGGAAGAAGAUCUUGGUUUCGUCGGGAAUUGCAUGAUAUCAUAUCGCUAAUAUAUUCGUACGGACUCAAACAUUUAAUUAUAGUUCUAGCUAUUAUAAUCUUGCUGGGAAUCGUUUUGGUAUUUCUAUGGCAUUUGCUUCUUAUCUUGUUAUGUAACUACAUACCAUUCGCAGGUACCAUACUUCCAUUUUGCAAAGUAGGAGUUCUGACAAAAACACCGGAAUCAUCACCAUCAAAUCUGGAAAAUCCUACAAUAAAAAUACCUUCAGUUUCGGCAUUUGUUGAGAAAACAACCGAUUUAGCUGAGCGUUUGUCUAGUGUUGACGUCAGCGCACCAACUAAACUAACUGAAGUGAAAAUAUCAUUAAUUGAUUUGAAAGCGCGUGUCGUCUAUUCGAAUCUCGAACAGCCGACGAAACAAAUACUCAAAGAAAAAAUUGUGGAACUGAGAACGUCAGUUGAGAGCACAACGGAUAGUAUACACAAAAUGUUAUCUGGCUUUGGUGGGAGAGUAUCAAAAUUGNCUGAAGUGAAAAUAUCAUUAAUUGAUUUGAAAGCGCGUGUCGUCUAUUCGAAUCUCGAACAGCCGACGAAACAAAUAAUCAAAGAAAAAAUUGUGGAACUGAGAACGUCAGUUGAGAGCACAACGGAUAGUAUACACAAAAUGUUAUCUGGCUUUGGUGGCACAUUAUCAAAAUUGGAAAUUUACACUAAAUAUGCAUUGACAUACAUUAAGGAUGAAUCAGCAGCUUUAGCUACUUUCCAAUCAUCGUCCAGAAGUACAGAAUUGGCGGUACACGGUUUUGAAAGGAAGGUUCAGUCUCAAUUUCAAACUUAUUUGGAACAUAUUGACAUACAAAUUAACCGUGUCAUACAAAUGGCCGAGGAUGUACACCAACAGUUACUCGAUAUCGAUACGAAGUAUGAAACGAUAGACGAUGUAUUAGCUGACAGUUAUGAAGCAUCACAAGUCAUAAUAAAUGACAUUGAUCAAGAAAUACAAAACGAAGGAUUACUUGCAAGACUUUAUCGUAACACAUUGGGUAAUGGAGAAUUGGAUAAAGUAAAACAUCAACAGAAUCUUGCAACAUUGAAAGAGUUCAAGCAGAUUGUAAAAGUGGGAAUUGUUGAUGUCAACAACGUGCUCUCGAGAUUAAAACAAUUCAAAGCAGAAGCUGUGGAAUUAAAAUCAACUGUAACAGAAGUUGAACUUGCACAAACUAUGUCAUUCGAUACCCACUUAGAUAUAUUAAGAGGUGGUCUUACACGAUUGAACGAAUUAAAACAACGUCUAGAUGGUAGACUCAGGCAAAAACAAAUAGAUCAUGUCGAUAACAAUCAUGCUGAUGAUCGUCGUCACAAUGAUCUUUAA